AUGUCUACGACUGCGAAGCUGCGUGCCUGCUUGCGCUGCCAUUAUGCACAAACAGCUGCAGAAUUUCACGCAAAAGGAUGCCCAAACUGUCAAGACAUGCUGGAUAUGCAAGGCAGCCAAGAACGCGUAGCGGACUUUACGACGUCCAACUUUGAUGGACUCAUAUGCAUGCUGCAGCCCGAAGAAAGCUGGGUCGCAAAAUGGCAGCGGAUUGAAAAGCGCAUGGUCGGCCUGUACGCUGUGAAAGUCGUGGGUCGUUUGCCAAAUGCAGACGAGUAA